AUGCUUAAGUCUGGUGGUUCUGGUGGCCGUAUGCUGUAUUCUAUGGUUCUCUUGAAGGAAGUAUUCUUUUCGUGCAAUUAUUGUGCCGCCUGUUGUUAUGUACUGGAUGGACUCUAUUGCUUCUUUGCAAAGUCAGCAUUGAUCACUAAUCUAUCUAUCUAUCUUAAUGGCUCUACAACCCUUAGUGGAUCCUGGCCUCCUCUGAUCACUAACGUCCUGAUUAAAUAUAUACUCGAGAUACAUGUUAGUUGCCACAGUUUGGUCAUACGUAGUAAGAAGAAAGAAUAA